AUUGUUGAAGAAGUUAUUGGAGAUAUCAGAACAAGCGUUUUGUGUUUUAUAAAUUAAAAAUAAAAAGAUGAUUACGUCUUGUCAAUAAAUUUAAAAGUUCAUGUUGCUUUCAAGAAGAAUUAAUAAUUUUAAAAGUAAGAGAUGUGUCAAGUGCUAAGAAAUAACUCGCAGUGGAACAAUUUAAAAACGAAAUAAGAAAACAAAUUCUGUAACAAGCAAAAAAAAAAUUAUUUUCCCACCAGGUGGACUUAAAUGGUCUUUGCGAUAACGAAAAAAACAGCAAGCAAGAUUGUUGCAAUUGUCGUCAACGCAAGCUGUCUCUUCAUAACACACUUGAGAAUUGUUUGAAAAAUUUACCAGAAAAAAAAACUUCAUUAGAUUGUAAAAUCAAGUUUGAGUCUCAACAUCAAUCAGAAAGAAUGGUUGACAACACAGAUUACAUUGGAAAUUUCUUAGGACCAAUUGGAAAAUGGCAACUCAGAACAAUUUUUCUUAUAUAUCUCACAAAAAUACCCUCGAGCUGGUUCAUGAGCUGUAUUAUAUUUACAGCACCAACUCCAUAUCAAGGUGAAAUUUAUUGCAAACCUCCAGUUGAUAAAAUUAAAGACAAUGUUCAGGAGUGGAUUAAAAUUGCACAUCCUAUCAAAGAAGAACAGACAGACCAGGAGGUGGUCAUUGAUUUUUGCAAUAUUUAUGAAGACGCAAUUGAUCACAUAAGAGAAUAUUACAACAACACUGAGCAUGACGAGAUUGAUUUGUUUAAGCCGCCUUCGCUUAACUCUACAAAAUUAAUUCCAUGUGAAUCUUUCGAGCAUAAGCCAACUUACGCUUCGAUUAUCACUCAAUUCGAUUUAUAUUGUUCUCGAAAUAUUUUGGUUGCUGUUACACAAUUUUGUCAUCUUUUUGGGGUUCUUAGUGGCGGUAUAAUUACAACAUUCAUGAUGAAUCAUUUCGAACCUCGCUACACUAUGUUGAUUGGGAUGUUAACUCAAAUAUUAUGUGGAAAUCUCACGGGUUUAGUCAACGUAUUUGAGCUUCACAUAUUUUUCCGUUGCUUAUCUGCUGUUUGUUGUGGUCUUAUGUACACUGCUGGAGGAUUAAUCUUCACAGACAUAACAAGUGGAAAAUAUAAAAUCAUAGCAGUUUGCAUGUUUGAACAGUUUUGGUCGAUUGGAAUCAUGUUGUUGCCAGCGGUUGCUUCUUAUUGGGAAUCAUGGAGUUACUUAUACAUGGCCAUUUCUUAUCCUACACUCAUUCUGAUUUUCUUAUAUCCCUUGAUACCAAAUUCUCCCAGAUGGCUACUCAAGAAAGGAAGAAUUCGUGAAGCUAAGGAAAUUCUUCUCGAGGCAGCAAGAAUAAAUGGAAAAACAGAUUUUACGGAAGCUGAGUUGGAAAAACAAUUAGAAGUUCAAGCUGCAAGUCUUGCUGAAGCUCCACCAGAGCCAAGCUACUGGGAAAUGUGGAGAGGCCAAUUCAAAAACCUUGCAGCUUGCCAUAUUUCUUGGUCCGUCUACAUAGUUAUAUAUUAUGGAUUUUUGUUGAACGUUCGUAAUUUCGAUCGGACAUACUUAAGACAAAAUACUAUUAUUUGCGGUAUUUGUGAAAUUACUGGAACUUUCAUUGGGUUAUGGCUGAUAUUAAACACAAGGAGAAAGUGGCUAUAUACAAGCAUAAUUAAUUUUAUUGCCUCUUUCAUUUCACUAUCAGCUCAUUUAAUCCCCGCUAAUGUUACUCCUUUCCAACGUCUUAUUUUAUUGAUGGUAACGUCUAGUGCAUCUAAAAUUGCAAUCAGCUCAACGCUUGGGAUUCUCAUGACGUGUACAUCAGAAAUUGUUAGCCCUGAAAAGAGACGCCUUUGUAGUUUUACUUCAACAGUUUGGACACGCAUAUGGCUUCUUUCUGCACCUUUUGUCGGUGCCACAAGUGUGUUUGGUCAACUUGUUCCACAAACGAUUAUGGCUGUUCUUAAUAUAUUUGGAUCUCUAGUAACAUCACUGAUUGACACUCCACGUUCAGUUGAGAAGAAGGAAGAAGACGUUUACAUUUUUUAUCCUAAAGAAAUUCCUGUACCGGAAAUCUGGUUGUCAGGUUAUAAAGAAUAUAAAACUCAUCUAUAAUUAGUUUAACAAAAACCCUUAACAAAACUAUGU